CCAACCGCGGUUUGUUUAUUUUUCCACAUAAUGAGCAAAAACAACGAGCAGAUUUUCUUACAAAAAAAUUUAAUUGUUUUUAAAAAUUCAUAUAUUGAUAACAUAUUCAAAUGAUAAACUUUUGAGGGUUAUUCUACGCCAUUCUCGCGUUAUUUGUUUCAAUGUCCAAUAUACUACUUAAUUAUAACUGAGCGAAACAUUUGAAAAACACUUACCUUCAAUAAGGCAAAAACUGACCAAAAUAAAAACACUGAAAGCUAACGAGUUAUAUGUAUUCAAUGGUGUAUUGUAGAACAAUGAAUUUAUGUGAAACAUGGCGCCUACUUAUCAAUUGGAUUACUAUCGUUUACAUAUUAAACAUUGAAAUGCCCAGUUUUUUUAAAUGUGAAAUUACGAAUAUGCAAACAUUAGAUAUCAAUAGUCAGAACUACAGUCAACAAAGAGAACUUUACAAUAUCAUUCAUGGAUAUUGGAUAACUGAGAAUAGUAAUCAUAACAAUAAUAUUAACGAUAUUAAUAACACUACUUAUAAAGAUAUAAAUAGUAUGCACAAUCCUAUCAGUGAUGAAAAUUCUUCCAAAUAUCCGGCAAACAUAACUGUACAAGAGCAUACAAAACACGUUCGUUUCGAUUGUCAUAUAAGGGAGAGAAAUAAAAUAUCGUCGUACAGAUGGCUUAAGAAUGGAAUCGAUAUAAAUUUCUAUCCUGAUAUUCAAAACCGUUAUCAAAUUUUACCAAAUGGUAGUCUCUAUCUCAAGCAGAUCAGUCGAAAUGACACUGGUGUAUAUACGUGCCAGUCGACUUUACGCGGUUUGAAUGCUAAUGACGACGAAAUAAAAUCACCUUUGAAGAAAAGCAAAACACCAUCUCAAGAUGAAGUGAAUCAUAUUGGAUUAACGAGUGAAUUCAGCGCACGACCACCAGGUAAUUAUAGCGAUACUGGUGAUGAACAACCAAAUAUGAAUACUUCUAUAUGGCUGAAGGUGCAAUAUAUUCCAAGAGUUCACUUCAACACUACAGAGAAUCCAAUAUAUCUAGGAAAAGAUGGUCCAGGACGUCUCCCGUGUACAAUAGAUGCAUCACCUUCAGUGGAUUUAAUUGAAUGGAGAAAAUUAUUCAAUUCAUCAGAUAUAAUAAAAUCUAAUUUCAUCAUGAAUCAUUUUCAGAAACGACAAAAAGGAGGUACAAUUCUACCAGUUGAACAAUUGUUGAAAGAUGAUAAAUCUAUUGCGCCUUACAUUAUUUAUUGGUAUGAAUGGGAUACCGUAAAGGAAAUCGAUGCUGGGUAUUAUCAGUGUCGAGCUCGCAAUACUAUUGGCUGGAGUCUUUGGUCACCACAACUACAAGUGAUUGUUAACGAACUACCCUACUUCACAAAGAAGCCAAAUUUAAUUGAAUUUGUAAAAAAUGGUCAACCAGUAGUUCUACAGUGUCAAGCCAGCGGACAUCCAAAACCUGUUAUUCACUGGUACUAUACUAAGUCGAAUCCUGAAGAAAGGGCUUGGUUAGAUCCCCUUAUUCCAACAACACCAGCAAAUAACGACAGGAAGGUAUACGAGACAGAGCUGGAAGACAUAGAAGGUCAAGAGGAUGAACAGUCUUCAGAUGAUGGUGAUGAAAUUUCCAACUCCAGUGAAGAGAUAAAACAAUUCUUUAAAGAAUAUAUGGCAAAAGAGAAACAAAGCCUUGUCGAUUAUAGUCUACCGAAUGGUGUGAGUAAACUGCCUGACGGUGCUCUUCAUAUUUUCACUGAAAAUGUCUCUAAAAUUACUGGACAAUAUUUUUGUAUUGCUGAAAAUCAAAUUGGUCGUGCAAUGACUCCAGUAGAGUUGAAACAAGAUUUCACGGGAAGAUCAAUGGAUCAAAUUGUCUACAAUAUUGUUUUACAUGUUAAACCCUUUAUCUAUUCAGCUUUUUUGUCAUGGAACAAAGAAUCUAGUUUGCAGUCUAUUGACAAUGAGGAAACACAGUGCUAUUAUGUAAUAUAUCACAUACCUGUUCGAUCAGGAGAAGAUUGGAUAACAACUGUUGUACAGCCUAAGCAUUCGAACAGAAUACGAUUAAAUGGACUAAUUCCAAAUGAACUCUACGCAUUUCGAAUAAGUCUUUGGUGUACACCAUCAAAUCAAAGUUAUUCAAGUAGUUCAACUGUGUUAAUUAAAACGGAAUCUCCGUUGAAAUUGACCACUGGAUAUAAAGUUCAAUUUGAGGAAUUGGAGAAAGGUAUCCCCAAACCACCUACACCACAUUCUCUAAGACUACAGAUAAUCCAAGCUGAACAACAAGAAAGUGUUUUAAUGUGGAAAACUCAAAGCAAUUCUCAAUUCUCUGCGCUUCACUCGAAUAGCCAACAACAGGAAGAGCAACCAGAAUUAGAACAAACUGCGCCAAUUCUAUUUUUUCAAAUUGAAUUCAUUAUUUGCACAUACUUAACCAACAAUCUUUCAUCUGGACUGACUAAUUGUUCUGACAGUAAUAUAGACAUCUACCAGUGGAGAACACUGGCGCCAAUACGUUAUCCAAAGUUAACAUUUGAAAUCAAUUCUCAUAGUAAAAUAUUAGAUUCAACUCAAAGAAUUAUUUUAUACGAGAAUGAAUUGAAUGGUGCCGAUAGUGGUGCAAUAAAAUCGACAAUUGAACAUAUUCAAAUCAAUUCAUUUUUAACUAAUUUAUAUUAUGAUCCUUUAAUAUAUGAGCUGAGAUUUCGUGUCCGAUCAAUUGGUUUAAUGUCAAUGAGUGAACCGUCAAAUCAACUGAUCAUUAAACAUCCAUUAUUAUCAUCGAUCUUAAACUCUCUCAACCAAACACUUCAUUAUGAACAUUAUCUUAUCUACAGGGCGAUUCGUCAAUCUUUACACAACUCCAAGCAACAUCAUAAUCAACAGUCUUCCCCCACCUCGAUAGACGAAGCCUCAACCAAGACAACGCGAAACAAUACCCAGCUAGUCAGUGACAAUAAUUAUCAUACACAUAAACAAAUCAAAGGUUAUUGGUAUAUCUACUGUAUAAUUCUAGUCUCAGGAUUUCUUGCCUUAUUCCUUCUAGUUUUUAUACCACAGAAAGUAUUUCGAAAAUACAAACGAAAGGUUCAGAACCGUAAGAAUACCAACGUAUCAGAAUAUCAAAUGGUAUCGAAUUCAUGUCAACCGCCAGGGAGACAUUUACUCCUUCAAACUUCCCAUGAAAAUACUCUUAAUAAUCAAUACUAUCCGCAUGAUUCGCUUGUAUACAGAUCACCAGAUCUAGUGUAUAAUCCGAAGAAAUACGCUGUCAAUGAAUUUAAUCAACGGCAUAAACCAGUGGAUGUGAAUAACAGUGAUUUUGAGGUUUAUACCAAACAUGAGGAAGUUAAUCCUUAUGAUGAGCAGACAUUGUUACAACCGUAUGACUUACAUGUAACCAGUCCAAAAGAAUAUCAAAUAAAACCAAAUGACGAAAGUUUUGAACAAGUGUAUUUAAUUAUAUCCAGUCAUAAUAAUACUUAUAGUAAUAAUAAUAUUAAUAACAAUACAAGAUGUUGUUCUCUAAGUCCUUUAAAUAGACAACAAACAACAGUCAGUAAUCAGGAUUCUUAUGUCCACAAUGUAUGGAAUAAAAGAAAAAAUACAGACGAAAUAAAAGAAUCUGAUGGUAAAAAGCACAGUGUUAUGGAGCCCUUAUUAUUCAGGUCUGAGAAUAUGAAUCCUGCCAAACCGACGUUAACCAGAUAUCCAGUUAGUGAGACCAACAGCAGCUUGCAAUGCAAGUGUCUACCAGCAUCAAAUUUAAAAUUAUAUACAACAUAUGCAAAUUACAAGUCACCAACACAAAUACCUGCAGUAUUAAACUGUUCUUGUCAAGAAAAGCACCUAACCAGUCCUUCUGUUCAACAGCGACAUCAAUAUGAACACAGCUCAUUGAAGUAUUCAAUAAUACCUUCAGAUAUUUUAACAAUGUCACUACCUAGGAAGUAGAAUAGUCAGCUUAAACUCUUGGCAUUUUUAAAAUACCUCGAAGUCGACAACAUUAUUACUGUCUUCUCUUUGUAUAGAUUAUCUUUUGUAUAUUUUUCUGAAGCUCAGAUCUCUACAGUUUAUCUUUUAUGAAUUAUAAUAUAAAAAUGUAUGAAAAAGAGUUUUAUGCUUGUAAAUAAUAAAAUAUAUUUAUUCGUGUUC